UGCCAGUGGCUAUGACAGACCGAAUAGGAUUUGGAUUAGUCGUCUGACAGAUCAAUCGCUUAUCACCUCAAUUACUCCAUAUUCGUUUGCAUUUGCAAAACGAACACAAUACUAUCGGAACCAUCAUGCGAGUGGAACUUUGCCUGUUUUCUGAUCUAGAUUUGACUGACGCCAGCUGAAACGAGACAGCUAGCUAAAUAGCAAACUGAACAGGAGACAACAAUAUGUCCCAUUGGGAGAAAGCGAUCGAAUCGUCUCGACAUACAUUUCUACACCUCGAAAAGUGCCUAUUUGAUUUUUUUUACAUACGCUAAGGGCGGGCUAGUUAUUUGAUUUGUAGCUAGCUGGUUGUAGGGUAAACCCGGACGGACUGCUAACGGUAUCAAAUUCAGCCUAAAGUGAGGAACACAUAGCUCGCGAACUUAGAAGGUAUUGCUCGCGAACGUGUAAGGGUCCGAGUACUAGUUAGUACAGGCAGCUAGCUCUGCAGGCUAGUACGUUAAGUUAUACGGAUCAUACUAGCUGGCUAGGUAUGUUAGACAUGACACCGGUACUAUCAGCCUCGGGGUGGGACCGAAGCCGAAAACAUGAUCAUGAAGACCAGGAUUGUGAAUCCCUAUCUAAAUCUGAAACUGUGCAAAGAUCCAGGAAAUUUAAUCGCCUGUGCAGUAGAGACGAGAAGGAGCGCGCUGCGGCUUUGGAGGCACUGACAAAGAGCGUCCUGUCGUGUUUGGCCCAGCCGGGCGAUUCGGCUAGAAUCGAUGAAGACACCCUGUUACAGCUGCUCCAGGUGGCCAAGACUUGCCCUUUCCCGGAGAUCAGGGAAAGGGCAUCGGAACUCCUAAAAACCGCACAGGAUCAUGGAGUUGAAAUUCCCCAGCCUCUGGCUUCAGGACCCAGUGCUUUCAUCCCAACGGAGGAGAUUCUGGAGCAGGGUGGGGACCAGCCAGUGCUUAUGGAGGCCUUUCUUUCCUUGGGGCGGGUGGACCACGUGACCAUGGUGAUGGCGCUGCACCCUUCCUACGUGAGCUGUUUCCUGCGUACCCAGCAUGCCCUGCUGCAGGUCGACGGCCCCUUGCCUUGCCACUGGAGGCACUACAUUGUCAUCAUGGCGUCUGCUCGUCACCACUGCUCGUACCUGGUGCACCUGCACCGCUGCUGGUUCCUGCAGGCGGGCGGGGACGAGGCCUGGCUGCAGGGUCUGCACUGCGCCCCGCCCAAACUGCGCAGACUCAGCCCCGUGAACAAGCUGCUGGCCCACCGGCCCUGGCUGCUCAGCCGAGAGCACAUCCAGGAGUUGGUAUCUCCCGGAGCGGAGGACCGCUGGUCCCUGGCGGAGCUGAUCCAGGCUGUGGUUCUGCUGUCGUACUCUCACUCCCUCUCCUCAUUCGUCUGGGGCUGCGGGGUGAACCCCGAGCCCGACCACAUGGCAGGCCACGCCUUCCAGCCGCCGUCGCCCUCCACCCGCGUGUCCCACAGUCCAAUGGGAGAGGACGCUGCCGGCCGGCAGGGGUGUUCAGAUGCGGUCACUGAGGUGGAGAUCCUGAUGAAGAGAAUGCAGCUCCUGCAGGAGCAGGAGGAGGAGUUCAGCCAGGAGGAGAUGGUGACCCGCUUUGAGAAAGAGAGGCGCGAGUGUCUGCUGGUCAUGCCGUCUGAGCGCCCCCGCACCCCCCCGGACAGCGUGUCCCGUUUCGUGGAGGACGCUGAUUACGGAUAUCAGGACUUCGCCCCCCGUGGCGAGCAGGCCCCCCCCACCAUGCGCGCUCAGGACUACUCGUGGGAGGACCACGGCUUCUCCCUGAUGAACCGCCUGUACCCGGACAUGGGCCAGCUGCUGGAUGAGAAGUUCCAGGUGGUGUCGGGCCUCACCUACCACACCAUGGCCAUGCACCGCGGCGUGGACACCUUCAUGCUCCGCAAGGCUGUGUGGAACUACAUCCACUGCGUCUACGGCAUCCGGCACGACGACUACGACUACGGCGACGUGAACCAGCUGCUGGAGCGGAGCCUGAAGGUGUACAUUAAGACCGUGGCGUGCUACCCGGAGAAGACCACGCGCAGGAUGUACUGCAGUUUCUGGAGGCAGUUCCGCCACUCCGAGAAGGUGCACGUGAACCUGCUGCUCCUGGAGGCACGCAUGCAGGCGGCCCUGCUCUACGCGCUCCGAGCCAUCGGACGCUACAUGACGUGAUCGCGGGACUCCCGCCGCACACCACACGCUACCUGAGCCGAGCCCUCUGCACUCUGCCCUCUGCACUCUGCACUCUGCAGGCUGUGGGACCGGGAACAGGCCCACCUCUCCCUGAGUCUCCCCUGGGUCUCCCCUGGGUCUCCCCUGGGUCUCCCCUGGGUCUCCCCUGGGUCUUCCCUGGGUCUUCCCUGGGUCUUCCCUGGGUCCUCCCUGGGUCUUCCCUGGGUCUUCCCUGGGUCUUCCCUGGGUCCUCCCUGGGUCUUCCCUGGGUCCUCCCUGGGUCUUCCCUGGGUCCUCCCUGGGUCCUCCCUGGGUCCUCCCUGGGUCUUCCCUGGGUCCUCCCUGGGUCCCCCUGGGUCCUCCCUGAUCUCACUGUCCCCAGUGUGCAGGGCCUCUGAUACCAGCACUGCUACUCGGUGGUGCUCCCUGUUCUGCUCAUUCUUUUCUUGAAAGGGACGUAGAUGAAGUUAUUAGACAAACGCUUGUUUCGUUCAGGCGCAGGACACACACACACACACACACACACACACACACACACACACACACACAAACACGCACAUGCACAUACAAGGACACGCAGCCGGCACACACAGAAUGUCCUCACAGUGUCUUGGCACCGAAUGCGCACUCACAACUUGCACACACAUUUCCUGAUGCGUAUAAAUGGACACACAGGCUAAUUCUGUCACUCUUCACACAUGCACAGACAUUUUGAACCGCCGCACCACGCUUGUGUGUGUGUGUGUGUGUGUGUGUGUGUGUGUGUGUGCCUGCAGGUGUGCUUCCUGGUUUAAUAAACUGCAAAACCUAAAGCCAGCGUCUCAUUGCUGAAUAGAAUUAGAUUUGAUUCUGUAACUGUGUUACUAGUUUUGUGUUCAUCUGUAGUUUCAUUUACCUCGUGGAGUUCUUCCUGCUCAUUCUCCUAUCUAACCUGUGUAGAACUUUGAGGGGUGCUUCAAUUCUUGCAGAUGUUUAAUUUAAGUGUUAUGUGACUGCAUUAUGCCUUGACUACCCUUCCUUUCACAUUCCCAGUUUUGCUGUUCCCUUUGGUUUUGAGUUUGAGUGUAUUUUUUUCUUUAAAGUUCAUCUCAUGUUGCAGUAUUUAUUUGAGUGAAUCCAAUGUAAACUUCAGCCCCUGGGUGUCAUGUGAACACAGCACUAAAACUACACCAUUUAAUCUCAUCGCUGGAUGUUAAAGCCGUCACCGAACAUUUGCUUUUCCACUGGAGAAAGUCCUCAUCUGGCUCCUUUCCCAUAGUCUUCAUCUUAUUUGGCGAGACUUUCAUUCCUGAACUCCUGUCACUAUAUCCAAAUGCUGGAGGUGUUUUUGGAAAAGAAUUUGGGGGAAACUUUCUGUAGGUACGGUUUUGUAUUUCAUUUAUUGAAAUUUGUAAUGUUUCAGUUUCUCUAAUUUUAUUUUUGUGUACACUAAAUGAAAGGUAUUUUAUUAUUAAAAACAAUCACAUUUGA